AAUCUCAGAAGAGUUUUUGCUUUUUUAUGUAUAGAAUCACACAACUUUUAAUUAUGUCAAACUUUUUCCUACAGUAUUUUAAUAAUUUGGAUGUAUCUCAUAUCAUUGUCAUGGUAGUUUUAUACUUUUUUAACAGGUCUUUUUAUAUAUAUUGCAAAUUAUGUUUAUUUUAAAAGUUACCGUAUCUAGUUCCUAUUUUAAUAGUGUUUUAAUGACAUGCAAAAUAAAUACUGGAUAUAGCAGAGUUAGACCAUUAUGGAACCAUUUACUUACUGUGUUAUUGAUAUAUGGAACAAGUAGUGGUAAUAAUAAGUAUGGUUCGAAUGACCUCUUUCUUGCUCUGCCAAGUGUUGCAGGAAUAGUAUCGUGAGUCUAUACAGGCGCAUUGGUUUGUAGUGUUGGGGUUGAAUUGAACAAUAAAAUUUUAUACUGAGUAUUAUUGCAUGCCUUAUUUACAUUUUGACACAUUUCAUGAUAAAGUUCAGUCAGCCAUUAUUUACUCACAGAGAAGUCCCUAUAUCUAAUUGAUGUCAUGAAUGAGUGUCUUUUUGUUUAGUGUUUGUCUAUGGACACUAAAGUGUGUCUUCCUGCUGCAGAAAGGUGGGGGCUCUGUUGAAUAAUGCAGAGGGCUUGGGCUGUGUACUCACCACUGAGUGAAUAAUACAUGACCCAUCACAGGUAACCUCACAGGUACACACUUAUCACCCACCUGUGCAGGCCCGUGUCUAUACAGCCAUAAUUAAGAGGUGGGGGAGAAUAGUUGGAUAGAUUUUUGGAGACUCCCUAUGUGCACCUUGUGCUGUUCUUGUAUGCAGCUUUUUUUGUUAAUCCUUCAAAUUUAUGUAGCUUUAAUUUUGACCUAUAUAAUUACCAGAAUCCUUUGUUUAUAAACUAUAUUUACUUUUUUUUUUUUAUUUACCAAUUUUUGUAAGACUAUAUUGCCUCUUCAUAGUACUAUAUUUUUCUACGUUGACCCCCUACCCACAGUGGACACAACAUUUUGGGUCAGAGAAUCUGUAUUGUAACAUUGUGGUCAGUUUCUGGCCUGGUGUCGGAUUUCUUUGACCAGGUGGCUGGAUAUUAGAGCUUGAGCAGUUGCAUCUGUUGAAGCUAAGCUCUUUAUGAAUGAGUGAUAAAAUGUAAUUUACAUGAGCUACAGUGACGGCAUCUGUAACCCUGAUGUCAUGAUUGGUAGUUUUUUCUUACUGCGCAGCCUGCUGCUUUUCAUCGGGUUCCUCUCCGCUGUUGUGCACACUGUCUACAGUAUGUGACAGAGGCCUCGCCCCCCGCAAAGAGCUUUAAAGUUUGUGGUCAUCGAUACGCAAAGAGUUUUACAUCAGUGGUUAAGGAGGCAGCUCCACUGACAGGCACGUUAUUACUCAUCAGCCACAGUUCCGCAGAUUAUAUUUCAGUUGUUAGGAGUCUCCUCAGUCUCCCUCGGGGCAGGUCUAUGUCAGUGCGUGUUGGUCCCUCUGUCUGGCAGUGCACAGGUGAAGCAGUCGACCUACCAGAGAGGAAGGAGAGACCUCAGGACACACACACAGCUCUGGACUGGGACAUCUGUGCAUGAGAAGAGAGUGAAGAGGCCUGCCAAAAGAUGUCACAUCAAACAGGAAUAAUCGCUACACCUGACCUGAAAGAAUUUCUGGCCCGUGCGAGGGGAGGUGCCAUUAGAAUUGUCAAGAUUGUCAUCAGAAAUGAGCAGUUGGUGCUAGAUUUUUACAGAGAACCUGGGCAGAGCUGGGACAAAGACUAUGACCACUUCCUGCUUCCUCUUCUGACGCCUUUGGAGCCGUGCUACUUGCUUUACAGACUGGACUCCAAGAACGCACAGGGAUAUGAGUGGAUCUUCAUUGCCUGGUCUCCUGACCAAUCACCAGUAAGGCAGAAGAUGAUGUAUGCAGCAACGCGUGCCACACUAAAGAAAGAGUUUGGAGGGGGCCACAUUAAAGACGAAGUGUUUGGCACAAUAGCGGAUGAUGUGUGCCUUCAGGGGUACUUGAAGCAUGUUUCCUCCCGAUCAUCUCCAGCUCCACUAACAACAGCAGAGCAGGAGCUACAACGAAUUAAAGUCACAGAGGAUAAAGUUGUUUGGGACGAGCGAAGACGAAUUGGGACACCAACUGCACGAGCAAAGGUGACAAUGGAGUUUGGUUUAGACAAGAGAGCCCAGACACUGCAGGGUCUUGCUUUCCCUUUACAAGAAGAAGCCAAACGUGCUCUGCAACAACUCCAGCAGAAACGCAUCAACUACAUUCAGCUGAGGCUGGAUGUGGAUAAAGAAACCAUUGAACUGGUCCACACCAAACCCACAGAGACACAUGAGCUGCCCUACAGGAUUCCCUCAGACUCGCCCAGAUACCACUUUUUUGUCUUCAAACAUUCCCACCAAGGACAGCAGCAAGAGGCUCUGGUGUUCAUAUACUCAAUGCCAGGGUACACCUGUAGCAUCAAAGAGAGGAUGCUGUAUUCGAGCUGUAAGAACAGGCUGUUGGACGAAGUGGAGAGGGACUACCAAUUGGAGGUCACAAAGAAGAUGGAAAUAGACAGUGGUGAUGGGCUGACAGAGGACUUCCUGUAUGAAGAGGUUCAUCCAAUGGAGCACACUCUGAAGCAGGCAUUUGCCAAGCCUCGGGGGCCUGGGGGAAAGAGGGGCAACAAACGACUAAUCAAAGGGGAAAAUGGAGAGGAAAGUUAAACACUGUGCUCAUUUAUACACACACAAAUAUAACAAAAAAUACAGCAAAACCUCUACUCAUUCAUUUUAUAGAGUCAAUACAGAUCCAUCAGGGGUUGUUCUUUAUCAAGUGGUCUGUAAUUCAAAUUUCUUUUCCUAAACCAUAAUUAAUCUUCACUUUCCACAAACUCCCAAAAUGCUGCCAAACUUUGUUCAGACAAAUCCUCAACUCUACAAAAUGUAUUUUGUUGAAUGGUGCAACCAUAAAAUAGUCUAUGGGGUCCUAGAAUCCCAUACAGCUGAUAAAUGUUAUCUUUAAAAUGCAAUCCAUUGUAACCAAUUAUUUAUUUGCCAAUUAAGGUCACAUUUCAAGGCAAAUUCAGCAUUUCCCUUUUGUACUAUUAUAAAACUUGAUCUUUCUGAUCUAUUAUUGGUUAUAGUUAACAUUCUUUGAGCCAAGGAUCCUUUUUUCUGUUUGUAAAUAUAAAUCCACCUAUGUCACAUAUGGCUGCCUUGCCUUCCUCAUUGCCCAGAAGGUAUGGCUAUGUUGAACUCACAGCUGUUGUUUUUCAUUGUCCAAUAAUAAAUAAUUUUCCCCAUUGUAACAA